CACCCCGGUUUCCGUCGCGAAGGACGCGGCGUCGGUUGGUUGUCAACAUGGCGGCGGCGGUGGGGUCGCUGCCUCUGCUCCUAUCUUCGCCAGGCAGGGUCGCCGCCGCCGAAGUUUCCUUCGCCACCACAGCCACGAGCGCCGCUGUGGAAGAACCAGCGCUGCCACGGCCAACCUUCCCGCGCCAGUGAGGCGGAGCCCGAGAGACGGAGGGCUUGGAGGGACCGAAGAGGAAGCCGGAGCUGCCAUGACGGAGUCGCUGAGGUGAAAGAUGCUGGCCGGGAGGCCGGGAGCCUGCAGCGCUGCCGCGGGACUGGGCACUGAAUCCUCUGACACCCGCGUCAGAGCCCCCCUCAGUCCUCGGUUGAGCGGCGGGCGUCGCCGACCUGACGCUUACCUAGAUAUGAAAAUCCAUUUAGAGAAAAAUUUAGAAGAAGAGCGCCAAAUAUUACUGCAGCAACAGAAAAUAUGUCGAAAUCGAGCUCGUAAAUAUUUUGUGGAGUCAAACCGGAGAAAAAAAGCUUUUGAGGAAAAACGAAAAGAACAAGAAGAAAGAGAAUACCAAAUCAGAGAGCAAAUACUUCAACAAAGAAAACAGAAGUUUGAAGAAGUUACUGAAAAAUUCCAGCGUGCCCAUAUUCCUCUUUCACAGCGGAGGAGAGCAGUUUUUCAAAAAUCAGUUCCUCCAUUAGAAGAGGCCCUCAAACAAAUUCAGGAAUCCACCUUAAAAUCAGAAGCAAACCUUCUCUCUUCACACAGACCCAUAAUAAAUUGGAGACCUAUAGAUAAUGUCUUGCCUUCAUCAUUGUCCAAAAAUGACCACAAGCAUCAGAAACAUCUCAUAUCCAAAAUCAAUUGUGAUAAAGAAAUGAAGGAAAACAGCAAGGCAAACUUGGCUUCUAACAAAGAUGCAUUCCAGCUUAAACUGGAGGAAACUCAGAAACUCCUAGAAGAUCAGCAUCUAAGCAGUUUGCAAAAAUUUCGUGAUGAAGUUAAUCAGAUAACAAAUUCUGAAACCCUCUCAAGUAUAGACAGUCUUGAGGCUGGGGAACAUGAAGAAAUAUAUUUAACAGUUAAUAAGGAACCUUCCACAUCAAUCCAGCAGCAGAAUUCUGUUUCCCCCAAAUCAGCAAAUCUGCAAUCAACUUAUCUAAGCUGCUUUGAUGAAGAUAAGCUGUCAUUCUCUAAAACUCAUCAUAUAAAUAAUUGGCUUACAAAUUUAGAUGAUCCAAAUACUCAGACUGUCACACCUUUCUCAGAUAUUUUAAGUAAACCUAAUGUUGCACCAUCCUGUAAACACUUCAAUAGUAAAGAACAAAAUCCAUCUGCUCUGAGUAGGACUGUAGAAAGAGCCACAAAUACUGCUAAUAAUUCAGUAGUCUUUGUAUAUAGUCCACCCAUAUUUGUACAAGAUGAAAAAAGCAAAAAGAUCUCUGAAACUAGUGCUGGGAGGACAACUGACUCUUCUGGAACAUUCAAAAGAGAGAGACCAUUGGUUGCUGAGAGCCCAGCAUUUAAGUUCAGCAAAGCCUGGGCCACUCCAGAUUCUCUAACCCAGGAAAUGGCAGCAACUUCAGACCAAGAGAAAUAUUCUGAAUUAACUCAAGAAAAUAGAACUGCUUCAGUUUCUGCUUCAUUUGUACCUGUGGCAACGCCUUUAGUUUUGCCAUCUGAUACACAAUCAGCUAGGCCCUUACCAAAGAAUUGUAUACAUAUAAAAGAAAUCGACCCGGUACAGUGUUCUGAUAAGUUAGGGGAAUUGAAGGACAUUAAAGACGAAAAGAUAAAAUAUUUUACUUGUAGUAAGGAAGAGCUGCCUUUAUUUUCAGAUAAUUUUCAAUCUGCCUGUGUACCUCACAACUCUGAUUCAAAAGAUAAAAAACAGAAAAUAGGUGAAACAGCAACUUCAUUGUCUAAUAUAAUUUCUAAUUGUGACUUAGUUGGUCAGCACAAGAAAAUGAAAUACAAUAUUCAUGAGAGAAAUGGUGUGAGGUUUCUUAAAAGUAUCUUAAAGAAAGAAUCUAAAUACGAACAUGAUUAUUUUAAGGCACUAGUUACAAACCAAGGCUUUAAGUUAGGAAAUCAAAAAGCAGCAGGUAUCAGAGAUAGUAUUGAGUUAAGAAAAGAAAAAGGGAAAAAUGAAGAAAUUCCAAAGACUAUUAAAAAACUGAGAUGGUUUGAUGAAACUGGAGAUACAGAAAAAAAUGCUGAAGAUAGUCAUUCACUGAAGACUAGAAUAGAAAUAUCUCAACAGUGCUCUCAACCAUUACACAUUCAAUCUAAAAAUGGUGCUGUCAGCAAUAUAACUAGUAUUCCUGCUUCUACUGUAGAUGCUGCUGAUAGAAAAAAGCCCAAGGAUAAUUUUAUCUCUGAAAAUGUUGCUGCUUUAGAAGGAUCUGGAACAGACCAUGUGCCUUUGAACUGUUUUGUACCUCCAGGUUAUAACAUUGCUAAACAAGCCUGGCCAGACUCAAAAAAAGAGGAAAGUAAAUCCCUUGUAAAUAAUGGUGAUUCUAAAAUUCAGAAAGCUAAACCACAAAGAGGAGGAGCAAAAAUAAUUAGAAGAACAAAAUCUGCUAAAGUCCAGUCGGGCUUUAUAUAUACGAACAGAAAAGGCACUGUUAUUCGACCACAGUCUGCGAGCAAAGCCAGCACAUUUUUACAAGCUCAGGGUAAAUUAAUACCUCAUCCUCCUCCGAAAUCUCCAUUAAAUAUUAGGAGUUUCAAAAAUACACAAGUAUCCCAUUGUCAAUCAGUAAUGCCUGAAAAUUCUCAAAACAUCAGUAUAUAUAACUAUUUUAAUUCAAAGCCUAUGCUUCCAACAGAACACAAGUUGAAUCAGUGGAAUCAAGAAAGUAGUCUUCCACUCUCGCAUGUUUGUUCUGACUUAGUCACUGUGAUACCAUCUUUACCAUAUUGUGCUUCUGAGUGCCACACUUUAAUAAAAAUAAAUCAUUCAAAUGGCAAUCAAAUGGUUGCCCAGCAAGAUGGGACCUUAUUUUGCACCCAGAGAUGCCCAACAUAUGAAGAAAAUCAUCCCUCUGUGACUCUUAAAACUACUAAAGAAGAUGUUCCCUUGUGGAAAAGACAGCAUAUCCUGGGUCAAAGUGAAAAGGCUGCUGAUUCUGCUGUUACAAGAAGAAAACGAAUUGUUGAAAAUAAGCAGAGAAAUCUUUUAGAGCAAAAAAGACAAAACUCUGGAUCUGUAGGACAGACAUAGGAGCAGAUGAAUAAUUUUGGACAAAGUGUCCAGCUAAGUUCAAGUGAGCCAAAACAAACCACAAGGGGUACUUCUAAUAUUGAAGAAGUUUCAGGCAGUACUUCUGAAUUUUUGAUGGCUGAGAGCCUAGUGAAAGCUUCAGUGCCUGAGGAUGAAAUUCUAACUGUCAUGAAUAACAAGCAGCUACCGAAGCCAAACCUGGCUUUAAAUAAGACCCAACGAUUUAACAUCUGUGCACUAUCAGCUGAAGAACAGAAAAUCCUACAGUCCCUUAAUCGUCUCAAUGAAAGGUUGUACUAUAUACAAGAAACUAUUUGCAAAAAUCCAUCCUUCAAAAGUAAUUUACAAAUAAUGCCACUCCUGGACAGCCAGCCAAGGACCAGUCUAUCUCCUGAUGUUGGAUCCAGAUCACAGAGAAAAUGCUGAUGAAGUGUAACAGUAACUAUAACAGGAAUCAUUAUUUUUGAGAUUCUCAUGUAAAUAUAUAUUUAUGCAUUUGUUAAUUAUUAAAACACUAUUAUAAUAAAAUAAAGCUGAAUCAUAACAUGGGCAAUGGAGAUAAAUUGACUAAUUUACAUUUAUGCUACAAAUUAUACUUUAUUAUGUAUUUUAUGAUAAAUACAUUUUUAAUAAAUGAAAAUACUUCAUUGUUUUUAAUGAGAAUGCUACUGGAAAUAAUAUCAUUAUAUUUAAAAAUAAGAUAUUUUAUUAUUCAAAUUAUGUAUUAGCUAUAGUUCUAAGCUUGUUUUUCCAAAAUUCGUAAUAAAUUUGCUAAAUUACUGUA